AUGCCCGAUAUCUCCACCAAUACUGACUGGCUGCGCCAGGAGUUCAACGUGACCAAGGCCAAGGCUCGUGGAGAAUAUGGCGAGAUGUUUUACAUCAAGGAUGACGUGGAAUAUGUGGACAACAUUGGGAACAGGGCCUCUGACGGCCUACAGCUCAUUGUCAGACAGGACCUGAUUGACGGCAUGGUGCCUGUGGCUGAGGUUGAUACUGCCAGACUGGAUCUCUCCUAUGGCACUUUUCGAGCUUCGAUGAAGUUGACGACUAUCCCUGGUACCUGUGCGGCAUUUUUCUGGUACUUCAACGAUACCCAGGAGAUCGACAUGGAAUUUCUGUCCAAGGACUUCGACCACAGCAGAAAGGCUUACCCGGUCAAUCUCGUCCUGCAAUCCCGAGCCGCCGCCGCGCAUGGCUACGACGCCUCGAAAACCGACAACUUCAUGCAGGCAAACCUGCCCUUCGAUCCCACGGCCGAUUUCCAUGAAUACCGUAUUGAUUACAACCCCAGCGAGAUUCUCUUUUAUGCUGACAGAGUCCUGCUCGCCAAGAUGAACGGCUCCAAUGUUCCGAGUCCUAAUUCAAAUGGCCACCUGAUUCUGUCACAUUGGAGCAACGGAAACCCCAAGUGGUCCGGCGGGCCCCCGAAGGAGGAGGCACCUCUCGUCAUCCGCUACAUCAAGGCUUACUUCAACUCGACUGACCCCAAGAGAGCGCAGGACUGGGACGGUCGGUGCAAGAAUGCGAAGGCGGAGACCUCGGUGUGCAAAAUUCCUGUUGUGACCAGGGAGAACCAGACUGCAAAGGACUGGUUCUUUAGUGAUUAUUCGGACAUGUCCAAAAAUCAGACUGUCUAUGAAAUCAAUAGUGGUGCUAGAACCCUUGAGGCGAUGGCGCGCUGGAUGAUUGUUGUUGUUGGUUUGCUGAUGAUUGGCUUAGCAGAUGGCUUCUGA